AUAUAAGAUUCUAAAAGAUAUAUUAGAAUAUACCCAGAAUCAAGUCAAGCUCAUCCCUUUAACCGCUUAAUAUAUUAUAUAUAUAUACACAUAUACAUAAUACCAUUUUUACAAACACACUCUUCAUUUUUGUUCAUAAAAAAAUUAAUCAUGGAAGGAGAAACCUCAACCACAGUGAUGAUGGACUCUUCUUCUAAGCCUUAUAAUAAUUCAAAGUUCGCUCUCCCUGUAGACUCAGAGAACAAAGCCACCGAGUUCAGAUUAUUCUCAGCAGCCAAACCCCAUAUGAGAGCUUUUCACCUCUCAUGGAUUUCCUUCUUCUCAUGCUUCGUCUCCACUUUCGCAGCCCCACCCUUAAUCCCAAUCAUCAGAGACAACCUUAACCUCACAGCCUCAGACAUAGGCAAUGCCGGAAUCGCCUCUGUUUCGGGUGCAGUCUUCGCACGUGUGGCAAUGGGAACAGCCUGCGAUCUCUUCGGACCCCGUUUAGCCUCUGCUUCUCUCAUCCUCUUAACUGCUCCGGCGGUAUACUUCACCGCCAUGGCCGAUUCCGCCACCUCCUUCCUCCUAGUCAGAUUCUUCACAGGCUUUUCUUUAUCAACUUUUGUGUCCACCCAGUUCUGGAUGAGCUCUAUGUUCUCUGCUCCGGUUGUCGGCGGAGCCAACGGAGUCGCCGCCGGUUGGGGAAACUUGGGUGGCGGCGCAACCCAACUCAUUAUGCCUUUAGUAUUUUCCCUUAUACGAGACUUGGGAGCAGUAAAGUUCACAGCUUGGAGAAUAGCUUUCUUCAUCCCUGCUUUGUUUCAGAUGAUGACAGCUUUCGCUAUCUUUUUCUUCGGCCAAGACACCCCAGAUGGAAACUUCCAUAGCCUGAAGAAAUCAGGGGAAAAACCCAAAGACAAAUUCUCAAGCGUUUUGUUUUUUGGUGUCACAAACUAUAGAGGGUGGAUUUUAGCACUAACGUAUGGAUACUGCUUUGGUGUGGAGCUUACCAUAGAUAAUAUCAUAGCUGAGUAUUUUUUUGACAGAUUUAAUCUGAAUCUUCACACGGCGGGGAUGAUUGCAGCGAGUUUCGGUUUGGCGAAUAUCGUGGCUAGACCGGCCGGAGGGAUUAUCUCCGACGCAAUGUCGAGAAGAUUUGGUAUGAGAGGAAGGCUUUGGGCUCUGUGGAGUAUGCAAACAUUGGGUGGAGUUUUGUGUGUGAUUCUUGGACAGUUAAGCUCUUUGGGUUCCUCUGUUGUGGUUAUGAUAUUAUUCUCUUUCUUUGUCCAAGCUGCUUGUGGUCUUACUUUUGGGGUUGUUCCUUUUGUGUCUCGAAGGUCAUUGGGGGUUAUAUCUGGUAUGACAGGAGGGGGUGGAAAUGUUGGUGCAGUUUUGACACAAAUGAUAUUCUUUAAAGGAUCAAAAUACUCAAAAGAAACAGGUAUAACUCUAAUGGGUGUUAUGAUUUUAUGCUGUACUCUUCCAAUAACAUUAAUCUAUUUUCCACAAUGGGGUGGUAUGUUCUGUGGUCCUUCUUCUUCAAAGAAUAAUGAUAAAGUGAGUACUGAAGAGGAUUAUUAUUUAUCUGAAUGGAGUUUGAGUGAGAAAGAGAAGGGUUUUCACCAAGCAAGUGUUAAAUUUGCUGAGAAUAGCAGAAGUGAAAGGGGUGGAAAACUUGACUCGGUUACAAGGCCUCAUGAACUCCCAUCAUCUUCCCCUCUUGUUUAACUAUAUGUUAUAAAUGAAGUUUUUAUGUGUAUAUAGAUUUUCCUAUUUAUAUAUGCAUGUUAUUAUUGGUGUUGGUUUGAA